CUUAAAAAACAAAACGAAACAGAAAAAAAACGAGGUUUUAAUUGAAAAUAAAGCGAUGCAGUGAAACCCGGAACUACUGAACCGUGCUUAUUUGAUUCACCCAGAAUGCAUUGCGGCAGCCAUCAUGGCGGCUUACUGACAAGGAAAAGCGCAAAAAGACACAUAUAAGGCGGAUAAAACACCAACCCUCGAGCAGAAACUAUGAGCACUCAGUACAGCAUUCUGUUCAAGCAGGAGCAUGCCCAUGACGAUGCCAUCUGGACGGCAGCAUGGGGGAAAAGCGAGAAAGACGGAUCCGAGACCAUCAUCACCGGCUCUCUGGAUGACAUGGUGAAAGUGUGGAAAUGGUCCGAUGAAAAGCUGGAGCUACAGUGGACCCUGGAAGGCCACCAGCUGGGUGUGGUGUCUGUGGACAUUAGCCAUAACGGCGCCAUCGCUGCCUCCAGCUCUCUGGAUGCUCACAUCCGCCUCUGGGACCUGGAGUCUGGCAAACAAAUUAAAUCCAUGGAUGCAGGACCAGUCGAUGCCUGGAGUGUCGCGUUCUCCCCCGACUCAAAAUACAUCGCCACAGGCAGCCACCUUGGCAAGGUGAACAUCUUCGGUGUUGAGAGUGGAAAGAAAGAACACUCCCUGGACACCAGAGGAAAGUUUAUUCUCAGCAUCGCCUACAGCCCAGAUGGAAAAUAUUUGGCCAGUGGUGCGAUCGAUGGAAUCAUUAAUAUCUUCGACAUUGCGACUGGGAAACUCCUGCACACGCUGGAAGGCCACGCCAUGCCAAUCCGCUCGCUAACGUUCUCUCCCGACUCUCAGCUGUUAGUCACGGCCUCGGACGACGGCUACAUCAAGAUUUAUGACGUACAACACGCUAACCUGGCAGGCACUCUAAGUGGCCACGCUUCUUGGGUGCUGAACGUGUCCUUUUCACCCGACAGCACACACUUUGUGUCCAGCUCGUCAGAUAAAAGUGUGAAGGUGUGGGAGGCGAGCACCAGGGCAUGUGUGAACACUUUCUUUGACCAUCAGGACCAGGUCUGGAGCGUGAAGUACAACAGCACAGGAUCGAAGAUCAUUUCGGCUGGAGACGACAGAGCCAUCCACAUAUAUGACUGUCCCAUGUGAAGCACCUUUCACCAUUCCUCUACCAUGCAUCAUACCACAGAGCUUCCUCUCCAGAUUCCUCAUGUCCCUGAUAAUGUUUUCCUCUAGUAUCAACCUCGUAAAGCUACAUAACACACAAAGUCUGCACCCUGCUUCUGUAAUCUAACCCUCAAACACACAUGUGCAGGUAUUGACAAGGCCGUGAGAUUUGUUCAUUCUCCACUUUCAAAACAAUAAAGGUCUUUUU